AUGUCUGAUGUCUGGGGUGCCAGUGCUGAUUGUGCGGAUGUUGGAUGUGAAUUUUCCCAGUCUCACAAGCUGCUGCCUGUCUCUAAUCUGUCUGACCCCUGUUACAACUACACUGUUCUGGAUGAUCCAUGGAGAGCCACCAAUAAUACAUAUGCUUCAGUCAGAAAUUGUGACAGGUCUGUCACCUGGAGCAGCUGGUAUCGUCUCUUCAUUAACAACAUGAGCGCUCACAUCCCAGACACGUGUGUUGCUCAGUAUAGCUGUGGCACUGCUGCCCCACUGUGGAUUCGUGGUGGACACCCAACAGUUGAAGAUGGAGUCGUCACUCGAGAUGUCUGCGGUCACUGGAUCAAUUACUGCUGCUUUUUUGGGUCUUUUCCCAUUAAAGUCAAAGCCUGUCCAGGCAAUUAUUAUGUCUAUGAGCUGGUUAGACCAACUUUCUGCUAUUCAGCAUACUGUGCAGCUGUUACUAACAUCAGCAGCACUCAUACAACAGUCACACCAGAGACGAGCCCAGCUGCUGUUACUAACAUCAGCAGCACUCAUACAACAGUCACACCAGAGACGAGCCCAGCUGUUUAUUCUUCCAUUGACCCCUGCUCCAACUACACUGUGCUGGACGAUCCAUGGAGAGCCAACAGCAGUCGCCUAUCAAGCUCCUACAAGUGUGACAGUGAUCUCACCUCGAGCAGCUGGUAUCGUCUCUUCAUUAACAACAUGAGCGCUCACAUCCCAGACACGUGUGUUGCUCAGUAUAGCUGUGGCACUGCUGCCCCACUGUGGAUUCGUGGUGGACACCCAACAGUUGAAGAUGGAGUCGUCACUCGAGAUGUCUGCGGUCACUGGCACAAUUACUGCUGCUUUUUCUGGUCUUUUCCCAUUAAAGUCAAAGCCUGUCCAGGCAAUUAUUAUGUCUAUGAGCUGGUUAGACCAACUUUCUGCUAUUCAGCAUACUGUGCAGCUGUUACUAACAUCAGCAGCACUCAUACAACAGUCACACCAGAGACGAGCCCAGCUGCUGUUACUAACAUCAGCAGCACUCAUACAACAGUCACACCAGAGACGAGCCCAGCUGGUAUAAAUAUAACACUGCCAGAAGAAUGCACCAGUCAGACCCCUGGAGGAUGUCUUCAAAAUCUUCUUGAGCAGCUCGAGAACAUCACAGCUCAAGUGCUUCCUUUAAAUACUGUGACAAACAUUCUGAAUACGGUCUUCAACGCUUCAGAGAAGAUUGUAGAGUCAUCAUCAUCAGCAAGCCCAGCUGAACUAGCCUCCUAUGGAAACCGUGUGUUAAAAGCCAGUGAGAAACUCAGUUCUGCAUUAGUGAAGCCGACAGACACAAAUGACAGUGUCAGUUUUACUCUUGCUGCUGUAGAGGGUCAAGUCUUCAUGGUUGGACCACAGGUCACCUUCGAUAAAAUCCCUCGACUUGACACGACAAAUUCUUCUGUGGACAUCGAUCUCAUUGGGAUCGCCAGGAACAACAAUGGAAGAUCAGCUGCAGUGGCUUUCAUGAGCUACAACACGAUGGAGAAUCUACUGAAGCCAGACUUCUUCAACACAUCAAACACGAUUAAAACCAUGAUGUCCACUGUGAUCUCAGCUACUCUUCCCAAAACCACCAACACUAAACUCACCAAACCAGUCAACUUCACCCUGAAACACAUCAGAGAGUUUGAUCCCAGUGGUUCUCUGUCCUGUGUGUACUGGAAUAGCGACGAGUGGAUUGUAGAUGGUUGUUCUGUUUUAAAGACCAGCAGCAGCUACACUGUGUGUUCCUGUGAUCAUCUGUCGACAUUCGCUCUCAUCAUGCAAACCAGCCGCCCACCAGAGAGCGACCCACUGCUGGAGCUGUUGAAUUUGGUGUGUGUGAUCGUGGGGCUGGUGUUCUUCAGUUUGACCCUGUUGGUGAUCGUGGGGCUGGUGUUCUUCAGUUUGGCCCUGUUGACCUUUGCCCUUUGUCAGUGGAGUCCUGGAGUGAGUAAUGUGGCUCGAAUCAACAUCUGCAUCAGUCUUCUGCUGGCUCACCUUCUGUUCCUGCUCACACAGCGGUUCCUGAGCUUCAUACGGCGACAGCACGUGUUGUGUGCCGUGAUCUCAGGCCUUCUGCACUUCCUCUUUCUCUCCGGCUUUGUGUGGAUGUUCAUUGAAGCUAUUAGAAGGAAAUAA